AUAUUUAUGUUAACGCAAUGUUGAGUCUGUGUGCCCGAUAGACGAUAUACAAUUUAUUAAUCUAUAAUUGUUAGAAUUAAGGAAUCGAGUAACUGACUGCCGUGGUAUCGAGUAACUUAAGCAAAUAAACAAUAUUUAUUUUGCUUUAGUGUUUGCGGGCACCGGACGGACUUAAUAUGUGCUAAAAGCUGUUCCUGCAAAUUGUGGUUUUUUUAUGACCAGCACAAGUCUAAAUCACAGGUAAAGAAAGGCACAGCACAGUUUGUUGCUCAUCAUGGGCUGAGCAUAGCAGCAGCUAAACAUCACAUAUGGAAGUGCAGCCAGCCUAUACAAAUUGUAGUCAGAUUUUCGAUACAGCUCAUACGCACAAGAGCCUAAAUUUAAACGCCGAAUGUAAACACAAUCAAAGCACAAUUGUAAACAUGUGAUAAUAGCUGAUGAAGCACAGUAUUACACCUGCUGAGACUUGCAUGAGCAGCUAACACCUAGGAUCCACUAGAAGCACGACUCGAACACAAAUUUAUUUACCUCGCUGCAUCCAAAUUAUUGUAAAUCAUGCAGCAGGGUGGGGCUGGCAGUGAGGAACGCAUUACCAGCAGUCCACGCAGCGCACAAAAGACUGGCAGCACGUUGUUUGGACUGUUAAGCAAGCGGCCCAGCAAGGUAGAGCCACAUCCUGUAACACCUGAUUCGCCAAAUUCUCAGCGACGACCAACGUCUGCCUGUGGCCAAUAUGAUGUCAGUUUUGCCAAAUGCUCGGCAGAGUCGAGCAACAAUCACAAGAGUCAAACGUUGCCCGCCAACGCCGUCAAUUGUAAUGUCGCUCAGAUGCUGGAUAAAUCUCACAGCGGACUAAUAAGCUUCCAUAGACGCGGCAAUCCUACAUCCAAGAGCAAAGCGCACACACAUCGAUAUAGCGACGCGGGCUCCCAAAGCGAUGGAGGUGCGGAUGUAGUCAUGCGUCGCAAAUCGCCUAAGAAGCGUUCGCCUAAUCACAAUCGAUUUAGUCAUCAGUUUAGCCUGUGCUGCAAGGCAGAGAAGAAGCCUAUGACGCCGCCGGUUUCUGUGCGUUACAAUUCGAUACCUGAUGCCGUGGUCAAUGCCAGCAACGUGCUUCGGCGCGACAACCUGUCGCUAAGCUGGAGCAUGAUGGAUAAUUCGGGUUCAUUAAAUUCGCACUCAAGUGAAGGAGCUGCUUCGUUUCAGCUCCCGUCCACCCAGCGCCCACGACCAUCCAGCGAGUGCGCCAGUGCCCCCGAAUCUCCAGUGGCUAGCAAAACCUUCUUUGCGCCAAGUGGCGCAAGCGCCACCGGCUCCACGCAUCACAAUUUGCACUACUCUCCAUCCAGUUCGUCCAACAAGAGCGACACUGUGAAUCGAGCGCCCAUACGGCCCAUCGCUGUGUCUGCAUGUCGUUCGCGGCUGCGUCUCAAGUUGUUUCCACCAGGACAGGAGCUGCCGCCGCUACAUCCUGAGGAAAGUGCGGAAACAUUGAAGCGUGCUACAACGCCGCAGCACAUGUCCUCGCCGAACAUUGCCACACAGCCAGAUACGCUCGACGCUGUCAUCCAGGAGGCGCCCGGUAUGCGUUUCAUGUCGCACGAGAACAUGACGCUGCAUCGCCAAGGAUCUGGAUCCAAUUUGGCUCGUCAGACAUUGAUGGCGGCGCAGGCAUUGAAUCUUAUACCAGCGGACAAAGCACGCGAACGUAGCUACCUGGAUGGGCGACUGGGCUCAUCCUCGCUACUGGGCCCAAGCGAACUGAGUCGGGUUCUGCCCCAGAAAGAGGUCACCAUAUUCGUAGGCACCUGGAAUAUGAAUGGCCACAGUCCACCCAAACAAAUGAACGACUUUGUGUUACCUUCCAAUGUGGAACAUGUGCCCGACCUGGUUGUUAUGGGCACUCAGGAGUCCAGUCCAGAUCGCUUUGAAUGGGAAGUCACGCUGCAGGAGACGUUGGGGCCAUCCCAUGUGCUUUUCCAUUCAACGACACUCGGCACGCUUCAUUUGGCUGUCUACAUGCGGCGUGAUCUCAUUUGGUACUGUUCGGCACCAGAGGAUGCAUCGAUGUCGGUGCGCACGGGCUCGGCAUUUCGAACAAAGGGCGCUGUGGCCAUAUCGUUUUGUCUGUUCGGCACAUCCAUGCUAUUUGUGACUUCCCAUUUAACCGCACACCAGCAGAAGGUGAAAGAGCGUGUGUCCGAUGUUAAGCGCAUUAUAAACGCAUUGGACUUGCCCAAAAAUCUGCCAAACAUGCGUCACAAGAACAAGGAUGUUACGCAGAACUUUGACAAUGUGUUCUGGUGUGGGGAUCUCAACUUUCGGUUGGGCGAGCCACGGGAGAAGCUGCUCGAGUGGAUACAGAAUACGAAAUUUCCACUACCAUCGCAUUUGCCACAUGGAUACAUGCACACGGAUCAGCUCUCGUCUGUGCUGGCCGAUGGCGCUGCUUUCCGUGGCUUCAUGGAGGCAAAUAUUACAUUUCCUCCCACAUAUAAAUAUGAUCCUGGAAGUCAGAACUUCGAUACUUCUUCUAAGCAGCGUGCGCCCGCUUAUACGGAUCGUAUUCUCUACAAAUAUCGUCAAGUGCAGGGAUUAGUAAUACGCCGGCAGAGCACUGUGCCGGGCGUGUCUACGCCCACACAGCCUUACGUCCAAUGUCUGCUCUAUGAUUCCGUACCGUCUAUAACUACAUCUGAUCACAAACCAGUGUGGGCUUUAUUUCGCACACUAAUUCGUGCUGGCACUGAUGCUAUACCCCUUGCUGCUGGCUUGUUUAGUCGUGACAUUUACUUGGAGGGCAUGCGUCGUCGUCUGAAUAAUCAAUAUACCGGCGCCUCCGCGGUCUGUGCCAUACAGUAAA